CGACCGUUGGUGUGGUGGGGUUAGGGGUGCGUGGGUCUCCUCAUUUUGAGCUAAAUCUGAAAGCUAAACUACACUCCAGGCUCCAGCUAGUAGUAGUAUAUUUUGUUCUUCAUCAUUCAAAUCACUUUCUUUGUUUUUGUAUUUCGAUUGAAGAAAAAGCUAACAAAUUUUCCCCAACAAAAAGAACAAUCACUUUGUUGAGAAGAUAAUGAGACGCCAUGGUUGGCAACGCCCUCUCCACCCUUUGCAGAUGGUGGCAAUGGCAAUAUACAGUUUCCUGGUCACGUCCUUCUAUUGCUUCUUGGGACUUUUUCUUGGAAACACAACUGCCGAGAUCACCGUCACCACAAUCUUCUCCUUUGUGGCACUUGCAGUUAUGUUUCUGUUUGUUAGAUGCACCGCCACCGACCCAACUGACAAAACAAGUUUUAGAAAGAAGAAGAGAAAAAUCAAAUCUAAUGGGUUCCCAAAGCUAAAUUAUGGGUUUAUUUUAGGUCAGAUUGUUAUGAGGUUUUUCAGGAGAUUGGAGCGCAAGAUCCUUACCACUUGUAUAAGGAGGAAGUACCUGGAUCCUUUGAAAACCCAUGCUCAAAUGGAGCCCUUGCUUCCAUUUCCUCUUGUCAUGAAGGAUGAUGAUUCUGUCGCACCUCACCCGAAAGAGGAUGACAUUUCGUAUUGUGCACUUUGCGAUUUCGAGGUAAAAAAACACAGCAAGCACUGCAGGACCUGCAACCGUUGUGUUGAAGGGUUUGAUCACCACUGCAGGUGGCUAAACAACUGCGUUGGGAAAAAGAAUUACACAACAUUCUUCCUUCUAAUGAUUUUUGUUUUGUUAAUGCUUACAAUUGAAGGAGGAACUGCUGUUGCUAUAUUUAUUCGGUGCUUUGCAGAUAAAAGAGGGAUAGAGCAAGAGCUGGAGACGAAGCUCUAUGUUGAGUUCCCAAGAGGAGUUCUUGCAGUGAUAUCUGUUUUGUUGUUUUUAAUGACGGCGUAUGGUUCAGCAGCACUGGGACAACUUUUCUUCUUUCAUGUUGUUCUCAUCCGAAAGGGAAUGAGAACAUAUGAUUACAUCUUGGCAAUGAAAGAGGAGAACCGGUCUGUGGAGCUAGAACCAUUUGAAUAUUCAGAUUUCUCUUCAGAUCUCUCUUCAGAUGAGAGCAUCGACUCUGAUUCUCCUGAAAAGCCGACAUUUGUCUCUCGGUUUAUAUGCAGAGAACAUAGGAUAAAUCAGAACCCGCCAAGAUUGUCCAUUAGAAUUGAUGGAGAACCUGAUCCUUCCAGCUCGAGCAAGAAGCAAGGCCUCCAUGCAAGCAUAGACCCAUGGAAACUUAUAAAUAUGAGCAGAGAGAAGGCUCUAAUGCAAGCUCAGAAGGCCAGAGAAAGGAUCAUGAAACAGAAGCCAGUGACGGAAAGUGAUUCACUGAAGCCACUUCCAUUGGAGACAAAACGCGGGCCACUAAUUAACCAAGAUAGAAAUGUGGCAGGUAUGGGAUCGGGCUUGACACCUCUCAUUUGUAAAGCAAGGGGGGUUCCAGGGUCACCAGGACGAUGUUCAAGCCCAAGAAGACGCUUUUCCAGUUCUCCGAGAAUGUUCUCAACAUGUUCUGUGGCAUCACCAAAGAACAAGUAUAAAAGCAAUUUCGAUUUAAAGUUGACAGAGGUCUCCAGGGAGCUUGAAACUUAUAUUUCGAGGCAGGUUUUAUGCUCUAUUUUGAAGAAAGAUGGGAGUGAAGCAUCGCCAAGAUAGAAUGCUUUACAAUUGGUUAUUUAGUUCUCAGCCUUUGAGAAAAUUGGUUGAUGGUCGUGUGUUUUCUUGGUAAGGUUCUUACAUGUACAUUGAGACGGUGUAUGUCCUUUUUUCUUCUUAAAAUUAUAUACAGAAAAUACAUUUGAAACUAUGGUCAAGGACAGAUUAACAACUA